CACUAAUUGAUUAACACAUGCUCGUGGGAGCGCGAAACGUUGAACGAAGUUCGUCGGGAAUAAAAAGCCUCUACCUGCGAGCAACAUUUGUGAAACUUUCUGUAAAACUGACAGGAUUAAAGGUGUCUUCAUGGAUGGGAAGAUAAUGCCACGGAUACUGUACAUAUCGGAGAAAUAUUUCGACCGUUUCUCGACGUUUCCUUUGACAUUGAAUAACGGCUUCUAACAUUGUCUUCGAGAGUUUUUUGUGGCACAUGGUGACACAUGUUGCACGAAUUUUAACUUGACAAAACGUUGCAUCUGUGCAACAACGUUCCCCUUUAUUCAAUUGAUAGCUCAAGCGAAUACUUAUCGUUACUCGCGAAGACGAGGAGCAACGGGAUGGGUAAGAGAAAAGAGCUGCUGUCAUGCCGAGACGUGCUUUGGUAUCUUGUAUUCUGCGGUUUCGCCAUCAACUACAUGCUGAGGAUCAAUUUGAAUCUAACGAUAGUGACAAUGGUAUUGCCUCGUCCAAAGGCAGCUGCAACUGCCCAAUGUGACACUGAAACUGCAGACCUAUUGUACAACCAAACGUACAAUAGCAACAAUACCUUUAACAUCACACCUUCCUCUACGCCAAUCCCGGACAAGAUUGCGUACGACGACCGUUUCGCUUGGAACGAGUACCAACAAGGCUUAGCUUUGGGAGCUUACUACUGGUUGCAUUGGGUAUCGCAACUUCCUGGUGGGCUUUUAGCAAGACGUUACGGGACGAAGCUUGUUUACGGCUUAGGAAAUUUCAUUACAGCGAUUCUCGGUUUCCUUAUUCCAUUUAUGACACGUUAUCAUCUCUACGCUCUUAUUUUCUUACGAGUUCUUCAGGGUCUGGCCGCGGGUGUUAUAUGGCCUUCGAUGCACGAUAUGACUGCCAGAUGGAUUCCUCCCAAUGAGAGAAGUAGAUUUGUCAGUUCCUAUUUAGGUAGCUCUGUGGGUGCUGCCAUAACUUAUCCACUUUGUGCAGCUGUCAGUAGCACGUUUGGAUGGAGUACAGCUUUUUAUGUAACAUCAGUAUUGGGUGUGAUUUGGUACUGUUUCUGGUUAUACUUCAUACAUGACUCACCUCAGCAACAUCCUCGAAUAACAGACGAAGAAAAGAAGUACAUCUUGGAGAAUCUUGCUGACUCGAUCGACGAAGAAGAGAGUCAGAUACCCUGGAAAUCCAUAUUGACAUCAGGCCCAGUUUGGAUUACGACUGUAGCACAAUGGGGUGGAGCAUGGGGUUUCCUCACUUUGAUGACUCAAUCGCCAACUUACUUCAACUUCAUUCACGGAUGGAACAUCAAUGCGACUGGACUUCUGUCUGGAGCCCCGCACAUACUGAGAAUGAUUUUCUCGUACUACUUCUCAAUCAUGAGUGACUGGCUUAUACGUGCCAAAAAAAUGAGCUUAACGAAUGUUAGAAAACUGGCUACGUUCGUAUGCACCGGCUUACAGGGGCUUUUCAUUUUGUUGCUGGGCUACAGUGGAUGCCAUCCGACGCUUGCAGUGAUUUUCAUGAUGGCAGGAACUGCCGUGAACGGUGCGAUUUCUGCUUCCACCUUAGCAAACUUUGUAGAUCUCAGCCCGAAUUACGCUAGCGUUCUCCUUGGUUUUUGUGGGAUGAUAGUAGUCGGCUGUGGAUUCAUUUCACCAGUAGUGGUUGGUGCUUUGACAAAUAAUAAUCAAACUGUAUCACAAUGGCGAUUAGUUUUUAUCAUAGCUGCUAUCAAUUCUGUUGCUGGAACAGUUGUGUACUUGAUAUUCGGAACAUCGAAGGAGCAACUGUGGAACAAGUACGGAAAGUCGAAUACAGCGAAUGAACAAGAAAUGCAGAAAUUAACAAAACCACCGAUUAUAAUAACCGGAGAGGGAUACAAGAAAGUGGACACAACAGAAAAAGAGGGAAUGGAGGCGGAGAAUUAAGGGAACGGAGUAAAAUACAACGCAUGUUUAGCUAAUAAUAUUUGCCUAGAUUUUUCUUUCCUUGUAUUUCAUGACUGAAAGAACUCGAUAAUAGGAAUUUUUAUUAAGAAAUGAAAAUACGAGCAACCA